AUGGCCCUCAGGGGAAAGGCGCUAUGUGCUGCCAUCGUCCUUCUGUUAUCCAACCUUUUGCUGCAUACAGUCUCUGCCCAGCUGGAUACGAAUGAAAUGGAGGUCCAGUCAAAUCAGCUCACAGCCUUUGCACUAGAGGCAGGUCUUCAAGCAGCAGAUGAAGAUCCAGACUACACGUGCACUGCAUCCAACCCGUGCAAACUAGGCUGCUGCGGCUCAGUAGACCCAACAACAGGCAAAGGUACUUGCGGCAUGGGUCCGGACUUCUGCGGUGAAGGCUGCAUUUCGACUUGUGACCAGAAGUCCGAGUGCGAUCCGGGCUGGGGCAUGCAGUGGUCUAACGCGAGCGCCUGUCCGCUAAACGUCUGCUGCUCCAAAUUUGGGUUCUGCGGCACGACGCAGGACUUUUGCGCGGGCAAGACGGUUGCAAGUCCGCAGUGUCCAGGGGGAACAAGCGCCGACCAGAAGCUCAUCGGGUACUACGAGGGCUGGAACCUGGCAAGGCCUUGCGGGACCAUGAAGCCUGAAGAAAUCCCUCUGGGUUGGUACACGCAUAUCAACUUCGCCUUCGCGCUAGUCAAUCCUACCACAUUCCGGAUCGACCCCAUGGACGCCAACACAGCAUCUCUCUACAAGCGCGUCACUGCUAUAAAGGAGAAACAGGCCGACCUGAAGGUCUGGAUUGCCAUCGGCGGCUGGGCCAUGAAUGAUCCCGGGCCGUACCGCACUACAUUUUCCGACCUGGCGGCAAGCGAGGCACACCAAGACGCCUUUUUCGAGUCCCUUCUCACGUUUAUGCAGCAGAACGGGUUCGAUGGAGUGGAUAUCGACUGGGAAUAUCCUGUUGCUGAUGAUCGCGGUGGUGUGGCGGCGGACUUCGAUCAUUACCCGAAUUUCAUGAAAAGAUUGAGAGAAAGACUGAAUGCAUCAGGCAAGGAGUAUGGAUUAUCUAUCACUCUGCCCGCAUCUUACUGGUAUCUCCGUGGCUUUGAUCUCAAGGAGCUGGAGCCACAUCUUGAUUGGUUCAACAUCAUGACUUACGAUAUUCACGGUGUCUGGGACCGCACGGUUGAUUCCAUCGGUCCCUACGCUUACGCUCACACCAACUUGACGGAGAUACAACUAGGAUUGGAGCUCCUCUGGCGCAACAACAUCAACCCAGGCCGCGUCGUCAUGGGACUAGGCUUCUACGGUCGCUCAUUCACCAUGAAAGACCCUAACUGCAUGCACUCAGGAUGCGAGUUCAGUGACGGUGCCCACGGUGGUGAGUGUACUGGGACGCCUGGUGUACUUUCGGCAGCGGAAAUUGUAAAGAUCAUUGACAAUGGCGCGACCAUCACGUUUGACGAGGAGGCAGCUGUCAAGAUAGUUACUUGGGACACCAACCAGUGGGUCAGUUGGGAUGAUGCUGAGACGAUGAAGAUUAAAAUGGACUAUGCGAAUCAACGGUGUUUGGGAGGAUGUAUGGUCUGGGCAAUCGACCUAGAUGAUGGUACGCUGCUGGAUGCGCUAGGUAGUGUCUCGUCACGGCCGAAGCAGCGCACCCUGAAGGAUCUCCCAGACAUCCUGCCUGAUUUUGAGUCGCCGUGGCCGGAUACAGAUGAGUUGUGA